AGCAAUGGCGUUUAUUUAUUUUAAUUUUUGAGAGAAGUGUGGUUUACUGAGCAGCGGGGUGGGUGAGUGGGUCUUGGUCUUUUUCAAGUCUCAAAAACAAUGGUCUCUCUCCACUUCUAGCUUCCCUUCUCCAGAUUCACUUCCGCCAUGGCAACCGGUGAUGAUUACAAUAUUGAUGAUUUGUUUCGAGAAGCUCAAAGCAGAUGGCUGAAGCCUGUGGAAGUGAUGUACAUUUUACAGAAUCAUGACAAGUACCAGUUCACACAAGAGCCCCCGCAACAGCCAACCAGUGGAUCACUUUUUCUCUUUAACAGAAGAGUCCUGCGCUUCUUUCGUAGAGAUGGCCAUAACUGGCGCAAGAAGAAAGACGGAAGGACUGUCGGAGAGGCACACGAACGUCUUAAGGUUGGAACUGUCGAAGCCUUAAAUUGUUACUAUGCACAUGGAGAGCAGAACCCUACUUUCCAGAGGCGGAGCUAUUGGAUGUUGGAUCCGGCAUAUGAGCAUAUUGUUCUUGUGCAUUAUAGAGAAACAAGUGAGGGAAGGUCCAGCUCUGGACCUGGCACACAAUUGUCACCAAGUUCCUCUUCUGCAUUUGGCCAGAGUCCUAGCUCAUAUUCUGCUCAGACACCAUUGUCAACAUCUGUACUUGGUGAUCCAUCUGAACCUAAUCAGAGUUACUCUAGUUCUGGCACCGGAGAAGUUACCUCUGAUGUAUUCAUCAUGAAUGAUGGAAUGAGUCACCUGGAUGGGACAUAUGCAGACUCAGGAACUUCAACUGAAGUUGAGGUUACUCGAGCUUUGUUGCGCAGAUUGGAGGAGCAGUUAAGUUUGAAUGAAGACAGCAUCAAAGAAAUUGCUUCCUUCUACAGUGAGAAAGAAAUUACAGGUGAUUCAAAUGCUCAACAAAAUCAAGGGUUGACCUGUAAGCAAGAGGAAUCUGCAGCUUUUUCUAGACCAGAUGAUUAUGGGCUAAUUUUUUAUGGACAUAAUGGAACCCAAGAGAAAAGUGAAAGUGCUCAAAAUAGUGUUUGCUUUGUAGAUGAAGGUGAUAAGUCUUAUGAAUUAAUGGACCAUACAUACCGUGAUGGAAAUGAAAAGGAUAUAUGGACAGAGGUGCUGGAAUCAUGCAAGUCGUCAUCCACAGCCAGGUUGCCACAGAAAAAUAUAUACAUGCCAGCUGGAGAAUACUUAAAGCAGGAAAAUUCACCUUCUUUGUCAAGAAAGGAACCAAUUGCCAAUCAGGAUGACGGUCACUGGCUAAACUUCAACAACAGUAAUAACGCAGAAAACUCUGUUUUCUCACUACCUGAAGGUGAUAGUGGAGUCAAAUAUCCUCCAUAUUCUUCUGUGCUAGGGGCACAAAAAGCUAAUUCUGAGUACUAUGCAACAUUGUUUGCCCAAAGCCAAAUUGGACCAUCUCUGGAUGCAGACUCAAGCUUGACUGUCUCACAAAAGCAGAAAUUUUCUAUUAAGGCAGUCUCCCCAGAAUGGGGUUAUACCACUGAGACUACUAAGAUCAUCAUUGUUGGGUCUUUUCUGUGUCAUCCCUCAGAUUCUGCCUGGGCUUGUAUGUUUGGUGAUGUUGAAGUUCCCAUUGAGAUAAUUCAGGACGGUGUAAUCAGUUGUGAAGCUCCAUCUCGCCUUUCUGGAAAGGUUAAUCUCUGCAUUACUUCUGGUAAUAGGCAGUCCUGCAGUGAAGUCAGAGAGUUUGAGUAUCGUAAUAAGACAAGUAUUUGCACUUACUGUAACUCAUCGGCAACAGAAGCCAACAGAAGUCCAGAAGAGCUGCUGUUACUCGUUAGAUUUGCACAGAUGCUGCUUUCUGGUUCAACUACAAAGAAUGAUGACAUAGAAUCUGGAACUCAUCUAGUAAAACAGAAAGCCGAUGAUGAUUCAUGGAGCCAUAUUAUAGAGGCUCUUCUAGUGGGCAGUGGAACUUCAUCUGGUAUGGUCGAUUGGCUUCUCGAAGAGCUUCUUAAGGAUAAGCUGCAGCUGUGGCUUUCUUGCAGGUCCCAGGAGAAAGAUGAAGUAACAGGCUGUUGUUUGUCGAAGAAAGAGCAGGGAAUCAUUCAUAUGGUAGCUGGAUUGGGUUUUGAGUGGGCCUUGCACCCUAUUCUCAGUUGUGGUGUGAAUAUAAAUUUCCGUGACAUUAGCGGAUGGACUGCCCUUCAUUGGGCUGCACGUUUUGGAAGAGAAAAAAUGGUUGCUUCACUUAUAGCUUGUGGUGCAUCCGCUGGAGCAGUGACAGAUCCAAGUGCACAAGAUCCGAAAGGCAAAACUGCUGCAUCUAUUGCAGCAAGCAGUGGACAUAAGGGACUGGCAGGAUAUCUUUCUGAGAGAGCUCUGACAAGCCAUCUGUCAUCCCUCACGAUGCAAGAGACUGAGCUAUCCAAAAGUUCUGCACAACUCGAAGCAGAUUUAGCUGUUUGUAGUGUCUCCAAGGAAAAUCUCGCCGCCGGUGAGGAUCAGGCUCCACUUAAACAUACCUUGGCUGCUGUCAGAAAUGCAACUCAGGCCGCAGCACGUAUACAAUCUGCUUUUCGUUCGCAUUCCUUCAGAAAGCGGAGGGCAAGAGAAGCUGCUGCUGCCACUGCUGGUGGUAUCAACGCAGGUAGCAUUGGUAACAUUCCGGAGCUUUCUGCUCUGUCAAAACUUGCCUUUCGGAACUCACGGGAUCACAAUUCUGCUGCCUUAUCUAUUCAGAAGAAAUUCCGAGGUUGGAAGGGUCGCAAAGAUUUCUUAGAAUUGCGCCAAAAAGUAGUGAAGAUACAGGCUCAUGUGAGGGGUUACCAGGUUAGAAAGCAUUACAAGGUGAUAUGGGCAGUUGGAAUCUUGGACAAGGUUGUCCUGCGAUGGCGGAGAAAAGGAGCUGGCCUACGAGGUUUCCGACAGGAGAUGGAGACUAGUGCCUUGGAUGAAAGUGAAGAUGAAGAUAUUCUCAAGCCUUACCGCAAACAGAUGGUAGAUGCAGAAAUAAAAGAGGCUGUGUCGAGGGUGCUUUCCAUGGUUGAUUCUCCAGAUGCUCGUCAGCAAUAUCAUCGCAUGCUUGAGAAGUAUCGUCAAGCUAAGGCUGAACUUGCGGGUACGAGUGAGGAAGCAUCAUUGUCAACGUCCAUUGCGGAUGUUUUCAGUAUGGAAGAUGAUAUGUAUCAGUUUCCUCAGGGCUAAUUUUGCCUUCUCAUUUUUUUACUCCUUCCCUUCACGAGUGGAUGAUUAGUUUCUGACGUAGUAAAGUCAAUUGGCUUCAUCUUUAGAAGAUGCUUAGAGCAACCUUAAAUUUUUAGUUCUCAAGUAGUCUAGAUUGUAUAGUGAUUGUCGAUUAACAUUGCUUUGUAAAAUAUUAAAUAUAGGGUUUGAUAUUGAAUAGUGGGACUGGUAUGAAUCCUUUAUAUGUCCAUGCGUGUACAGUUCACCUUUGCUGUUUACUGAUAUUAGCAGGCAUUUUCUUUUGUUGGUUAA